AUGUCGGAUAGAUCCGCAAGGUUAUCAAAGUAUUUAAGCCUCAUUGAGAAAGGUGUGAGGAAGGUGGAGAAGGUCUCCGACACGACGCUCUUCCUGGAGGCAUUGUGUAACCAGCCAGACCCGCUACUUUGCGUCGAGAAGCUCGUUUCAAAUUCUCAUGCUCUAGCGGCACUACAGAAUAGUAUUCGGUUUGACUCAUCUACGAAAUUUUUGAAUGGACCCAUGGAGUGUUUUCUCACAUACCUGAGAGCCCCUGGCAUAGAACAACUCUGCAAUGGCCAAUUCCUUCGGAAGAUCAUUUCUUCCUUGGUAGACCCUCCGACAUUCUGGAACGCGUUCGUAAAUGGGCACAACCAACAGGUCCUAACCGAGGCUUCUCAGGUUGCAUUUGCGUGGAUGCUGUUGCAGUUGUUGACAUCACCCUCCUGUACGGACGAGAUCUACGAAACGGCCAAAGCUGCCAUUGAAGAUCGCUCACUUCUUGAUUCUCCCUCCCUCGAAGUCCGAACACUCGGAUACAAGGUUCAGAAUAUCCUGAAUAUCAGAUUAGCGGAUCUUUCCCAGCUUGGCGAUGAUAAGCCGGGGGGAAGACAUGACAAUGAUUUUGAUGAUUUUCGAAAAAUCUCCAUCCUUCCCACUCCAGACGAAAUUGCAUCCACGGAACAACCAUUUUAUCGAGAAGCACAACAAAUAUAUGACGUUGAGCCAGAGCUUCGCCCUGGGAUGCAUUACGACAAUCAAUUCCGCUUGUUGAGGGAAGACUUUUUGGCGGAAUUACGAAAUGACUUGCAAAUAGCUCAAGGGAGGAGGAAGGGAAAGAGAUCCGCGGGAUUGAUCAGUGGACUUACUUUCAGCGGCAUAGACUGCGGAACCGAGAUGAAAAGAAAGCCCUGCUCGCUUACUUUCCUCUGUGAGAGAGACAUUCCGCAGAUGACUGGCCUUCCAACAUCAGGGAGAAUGGCAUUCCUCAUCAAUAAUAAGAACAUUUUGAAGCACCAGUCUUUCGGGUGUUUGAUGCAGGGCACCGAUAUCGUCGCAUUCGCUUCUGUUGAUCGAAACGAAAGCCUCCUUGCGGAGGAGAUUCCAGUUCUUGCCUUACAGAUAGUAGAAAGCGAGGCGAUCACAAGGGUGCUCACCAGAGCCAAACAAGCUACGCCCUUUGACUUCAUCGUGGUGGAUACUGCUGUUUUUGCCUAUGACUCCAUUCUUCAAAGAUUGCAGGAGAAAUCCGAAUUCCCUCUUUCUGACUGUUUGCUGUCCUCAGAGCCAUCGCUGCAAAGUCUUGAGAUUGAUAGCAAACUAUCAAGGAUAGUCGAAAAGCUCAGAGCGACGCAAGGCCAAAACCUCCAUCAUGUCAUCGGGACAUCCAAAAAGGUUUCGCUCGAUCAAUCGCAGUUUGAGUCGCUGAUGGUGGGUUUGGGACACUCGCUCAGCCUCAUACAAGGGCCACCAGGGACUGGAAAAUCUUUCAUCGGAGCUCUUCUCGCCAAAAUCUUACACGAUCAUACCAACGAAACUAUUCUGAUCAUCUGUUACACUAACCAUGCUUUAGAUCAGUUCUUGGAGGAUCUCAUGGACAUCGGCAUACCGGAUGAGUCCAUCGUUAGGCUGGGAUCCAAAUCUUCAGAGAGGACCAAGAAGCUUGGCCUAGCCGAGCAGUCUGCCCGUCGGAAGGGCGCUCGACUGCCAUGGGGCUUCAUUCACGAACUGAAAGACGAAUUGCAAGAUCUGGAGCAGAAGUUGAGACGCACCCUGGCACGAUUCCACGAGGAUGUCACGUACGAUCAUCUUAUGCAAUAUCUUGAAUUUGCGGACGAUUCAAGCUUCUACGACGCAUUUAUCUUGCCGGAGCAGGACGAUAGAAUGCAGAGAGUAGGAAAGGGAGGUAAGAAAAUCGGGAAGCAUUAUUUGAUAAAUCGUUGGUUGUAUGGUCAGGACGCUGGGGUUUUUCAACACGAAGUCGAGGAAGAACAGUCCAAUAUCUGGAAAAUGUCUCUUCAAAGUCGGCGAGAAUUAUUGAAGGUCUGGACGAGGAACAUUCUCCGUGACCAUCUGGAGGAAGUUGCACCUCUUUUUCAGGCUUUCAAUCGCAUACAACGCCAAAUCGAUGAUUCAAUCUACCAGACAAAGAACUCCGAUAUAUUCACGACGAAACGAAUCGUUGCUUGCACGACUACAGCUGCGGCAAAGUAUACCCAAGCACUGGAGGCGGCCAAGGCCGGAGUCAUUUUGGUUGAAGAAGCUGGAGAAAUUCUUGAGAGCCACGUUCUCACUGCAAUGACAAGAAAUACGAAACAAUUGAUCUUGAUCGGAGAUCACAAGCAACUACGCCCAAAGGUCAAUAAUUAUAAUCUGACCGUUGAGAAAGGUGAUGGAUUUGACUUGAAUAGGUCAAUGUUUGAGAGGCUAGUGCUACAAGGCUAUCCGCAUACAACUCUUUCCAAACAACAUCGAAUGUGUCCCGAAAUUUCCCAACUGGUUCGACAUCUGACUUAUCCUGACCUACUGGACGCGGAAAAGACUCUGAAUCGGCCAAAACUUCGUGGGUUUCAAAACAAGGUCAUAUUUGUGAAUCAUGAACGACCGGAGCUUGACCUACAUGGUGUUUCAGAGGCGGGAGACCCGACGACGAAAGCGAGUAAGCAGAAUCCCUUUGAGGUUGAGAUGGUCCUUAAAUGCAUCCGUUACCUUGGACAACAGGGUUACGGAACAGAUAAGAUUGUGGUCCUGGUACCUUACCUAGGACAGUUGCAUCUUCUUCGAAAAGAGUUGAGCAAGAACAACGAUCCGGUCUUGAAUGACUUAGAUUCGCAUGACCUCGUCCGUGCUGGUCUCAUUACGCCUGCCAGCGCAAAGAUGUCAAAGCGUCAAAUACUGAUUUCGACGAUUGACAAUUAUCAAGGAGAGGAGAGGGACAUUGUAAUUUCAUCGCUCACUCGAAGCAACGACAGAGGAGACGUGGGAUUCAUGGCUGCACCAGAACGCCUCAAUGUGCUCCUCUCUCGAGCGCGCAACGGACUGAUUGUCAUUGGAAAUUUCAGAACCUUUCUCGGGAGCCGCAAAGCAAAGGCUUCGUGGCAACCUUUGUUUGACCUUCUAAACAAGAGUGGACACGUUUAUGAUGGAUUUCCAAUUAAGUGUGAAAGACAUCCAAAUAGAAUGGCGAUACUAAGAGAACCUGAAGAAUUUGAUACCGAAUGUCCCGAUGGAGGCUGUGCUGAUCCUUGCAUUGUUGAAGGCACAUGUUCAAAGAAACAUAAGUACAAUUGGAAAUGUCACAAGGGUGCACCAAAAGUAUGCCCUAAAUGUGAACGCGAGAAACAGAUUGAGGAGCAACGAAAGCAACGAGAUUUUGAGUUGGAGCUCAAGCGACAGGAACGCCAAAACCAACACGCCAGGCAGCUGGGGGAGAUCCAGCAAAAAAUCGAGGACGAGAAACAAAAUAUGAAAGACAUUGCCGAUGACAAAGAGCGGCAAAGCGUCCUUGCCCAAAAGUUGCGAGACCUGGAACAGAUACAAUUGACAGCUAAGCGUGCCGGACAGUCUCUGCCUCAUUCGCAGAUGCCUUCCGAUCCUUCACCAAGUUCACCUAGCAGACAAUCCACUGCCGGUGAGUCUCAGACUCAAGACUCGGCGCAAAUCAAUCACCCCCAGAGUUCACAAACUCGAUCCCUUGGAUCUGAAUCUCGAGAUGAAUGGGAGAGACAGAAGGAAAUGGAAGGUCAAUCUAAUACUAGUCUCGACGCGCUCAUGAGGAUGACUGGCCUCGAAGAAGUGAAAAGCAAGUUUUUAUCUAUCAAAGCAAAAGUGGACACAGUUGUUCGUCAGGGUACGAGCUUGAAGGAUGAAAGAUUCAAUGCAGCACUCUUGGGAAACCCUGGAACAGGGAAAACCACUGUAGCCCGCCUGUAUGCCAACUUCCUGUUUUCUGUGGGAGUUAUUCCUGGUGACUUGUUCAUUGAGACAUCCGGCUCUCGAUUAGCGAGCGACGGAAUUCUGGGUUGCAAAAAACACCUUGAAGAGAUUUGCAACAGUGGCGGCGGAGCGCUGUUCAUUGACGAAGCUUAUCAGCUUGUUUCUGGAACAAAUCAUGGAGGCAGUCAAGUACUUGAUUUCCUUCUUGCAGAGGUCGAAAAUCUUACCGGAAAAGUCGUUUUCAUUCUUGCUGGUUAUAGCAAGAAUAUGGAGGCAUUCUUUACACAUAAUCCAGGAAUUCCCAGCCGAUUUCCCGUCGAAUUUCAAUUUCGCGACUAUGAGGAUGUCGAACUGCAGCAUAUUCUUCGCCAUCGAAUAGAACGAAAAUAUGAGGGAAGAAUGAAGAUUGAGGGUGGCAUUGAUGGUCUGUAUAUUCGAAUAGUCUCUCGACGCAUUGGACAGGGUCGAGGACACGACGGGUUUGGCAACGCCAGAGCAGUUCACAACGAAUUCUCGCGAAUAGCUGAUCGCCAGGCCAACCGACUGCAACAGCAACGCCGGGAAGGAUUUCACUCAGACGACAUGGUCUUGAAGAAGGAGGACCUGCUCGGCCCAGAGCCUGGUUUGGCGCUGAAACAAAAUGUUGCGUGGAGAAAACUCCAAAAGUUGACUGGACUGCAAAGCGUCAAAUCCGCUGUUCAAUCACUCCUGGAUACAAUGCAGUUCAACUAUCGCCGCGAAAUAGAGGAAAAGCAAAAGGUUGAGUAUUCUCUCAACAAGGUCUUUGUGGGAAAUCCAGGAACCGGCAAAACCACAGUGGCAAAAUUAUAUGGUCAGAUACUUGCCGACCUGGGCUUCUUAUUCAGCGGAGAAGUCGUCGUCAAGAACCCCUCUGACUUUGUGGGAAAUGUGCUCGGUGCAUCUGAAAGUACAACCAGAGGGAUUUUGGCCUCCACUGUAGGUAAAGUUUUGGUCAUUGACGAGGCAUAUAUGCUUUACGGAGGCUCUUCCUCCACGGAGGGGUUAUCAGCAUCAGAUCCGUAUAAGACUGCUGUCAUCGACACUAUCGUUGCGGAAGUGCAGAGUGUCCCAGGAGAUGACCGUUGCGUACUGUUGCUCGGUUAUAAGGACCAGAUGGAGACCAUGUUUCAAAAUGUCAACCCAGGCCUCUCCCGCCGGUUCCCGUUGGAUUCGGCUUUCUACUUCGAGGACUACACCGACGAUGAUCUGGAGAAAAUCUUCGAAUUGAAGUUGGGACAAAUCGGUUUCGACGCAACCCAAGAGGCAAAGAAGGUAGUGCGCGAACGCCUUCGCCUGGCUCGUAACAAGCCUCAUUUUGGCAAUGCCGGCGAAGUUGAUAUUCUUCUGGAUCGUGCAAAAAUGGAGCAUCAAAAGCGCUUGUCGUCAAAGCAAACAAAGAGUAUUGACACCCUCGAGACUCUCGAUUUUGACCCGGACUUUAGUAGAGCAGAAGAGGCCCCGACUAACUGCAGAAAACUCUUCGACGGGGUUGUUGGGUGUGAAAGUUUGAUUCUCCAGCUUGAGGGCUACCAGAGAAGUGUGAUAAAUAUGAAGAAGCUGAACAUGGAUCCACGAGAGCAGAUCCCGUUCAAUUUUCUGUUCCGUGGUCCACCCGGCAGUGGCAAAACCUCUACAGCGAGACGAAUGGGGAAAGUGUUCUAUGACAUGGGAUUCAUGGCCAGUGCUGAAGUGAUUGAGUGUUCUUCCACGGAGCUCGUUGGGCAGUACGUCGGCCAAACAGGCCCCAAAACCCAAAAGUUACUAGAGAAAGCGCUGGGUAAGGUUCUCUUCAUUGACGAAGCAUAUCGACUUGCGGAUGGCCAAUUUGCGCAGGAGGCCAUGGAUGAACUAGUCGACUGCCUCACUAAGCCCAAGUUUGCCCAGAAGCUCAUUGUCAUUCUAGCUGGGUACGACGAGGACAUCAAUCGGCUUAUGUCAACCAACCCGGGCCUGACCAGUCGCUUUCCGGAAACUAUAAGCUUUGGCCACCUACCGCCGGAAAACUGCCUCGAGCUGUUCCAAGCAUACAUUCGCAAAGCAGGAAAGAUCGAAAGUAGUGCUGUACAAGCGCCUUCUGCAGCAUUUAAAAAUACCCUUCUCGAGCUGUUCAAGAAUCUUGCUCAACUUCGUGCCUGGGCUAACGCCAGGGAUGUCAGAACACUAGCCAACUCUGUGAUCAAUAAGGUGCUUUCCAGUACAGGGACUGAUGCCGGGUUCGAGGUCACAGAGGAUGUGGUCCUUUCAACAGUACGCCAAAUGGUCUCCGAGCGUGAACUCCGUGGGAGCUCAGUACGUUCUCGAGCACAUCCUACGCUUGCAACACAGGAAUUAUCGAAAGAUGCACCCAUACCUCCUGCCUUCAAUACGGUGACUAAGACUGCCACUGAUGCUGACCAGUCAUUACCUCCUCCAUUGCAGGAACCACCAUCACAGAAUCUUGAGCAGGAAAAUCUCGGUCGCGACCCUGGUGUCUCUGAGGAAAUUUGGAAUCAACUAAAAUCCGACAAACAAGCUGAUGCAGAAUGGGAGAAACAGUACCGCGAGCUCUUGGCCCAAGAAAAAAAGGCUCAAGAAGAACUGACUGCGAAAGUAGCCGCUGAUAUGGAGGCGAGAAGAAAGGCAGAAGAGGAAUCUGACGCAGAGGCUCGUCGCUUGCUCGAGGAGGAGCGUCUCAAGUGUGAGCGUGAAUGGCGCGAACGGAUGGAACUAGUGGCGAGGAUUGAGCAGGAGAAGAGGGCAAGAGAACAGCAAAGAAGGAGAGAGGAGGCCGUGCAAGCCAAGUUGAGACAAAUGGGGGUGUGUGUGGCAGGGUUUCGGUGGAUCAAGCAAGCUUCGGGUUACAGAUGUGCUGGGGGUACUCAUUAUCUUUCUAACGCGCGACUUGGGAUUUAG